UCGUCACUUCCGCCGAUCGCGGUCUUGCGUAGUGGUUUGAGAGAGAAAGAGGAGUAUAUAAUUCGUCUGCAGCUGUUGUUCUGGCAAAAAAAACAUCAACCGAGAAGCCAUGAGCGACAACGAGGAUAAGGAAUAUGUGGAGCGGGAGUCCCGUUCUGCCUCCCGGAGUGUAAGCCCACAGGGAUCGGGCAAGUCUGGUAGCCGCUCACCUGCUCACUCCCCAGCACGGUCCCGUUCCAAGGAGGGUUCCCGCCACUCCAGGUCCAAGUCACGGUCCCGCUCAAGGUCCAAGUCCAGGUCUCGAUCUCACCGCAGCUCCCGCAGACAUUACUCUCGCUCACGCUCUCGUUCUCGAUCCCACCGUCGGAGGUCCAGGAGCAGGUCACACAGUGGGGAGUACCGUCGCCGCCGAAGCCACAGUCACUCGCCUAUGUCCAACCGAAGACGCCACGUGGGCAACCGAGCGAACCCAGACCCUAACAACUGCAUUGGAGUGUUUGGGCUGAGCCUUUAUACAACAGAGAGAGACCUGAGGGAGGUGUUCUCAAAAUAUGGGCCGCUUGCUGAUGUAAGCAUUGUCUAUGACCAGCAGUCUCGACGCUCCAGAGGAUUUGCUUUUGUCUAUUUUGAGACUAAGGCAGACUCUAAAGAAGCCAAAGAGCGUGCUAACGGGAUGGAACUUGAUGGCCGCAGAAUUAGAGUUGACUUUUCCAUCACAAAGAGACCUCACACACCCACUCCUGGAAUCUACAUGGGGAGGCCAACAUAUGGCGGAAGUGGCAGUGGUGGCAGUGGCGGUGGUGGUGGCAGUAGUAGUAGUGGUGGUGGUGGUGGUGGUGGUGGUAGUGGUGGUGGUGGUUCCAGGCGCUCCAGAGAACACUACGACCGAGGAUAUGACAGAGGGUAUGACCGAUAUGAUGAUCGAGAUAAUUACAACAGAUCUUAUAGACGCAGAUCCCCAUCUCCUUACUAUAGCCGUGGAGCAUAUCGGUCCCGUUCCAGAUCUCGUUCCUACUCUCCACGUCACUACUGAUAAUCGUACUGUCCCGGUAGCAGGUAGCAUGGUUCUGGGAUUACUUCUCUGAAGAUGACUACUGCCUUUUCCUUUUUUUUUUUAAUUUUUUUUUUUUUUGGGGGGGGGGGGGGGGGGGCUUUUAAGUUAAACAUGUGAUUUGUUAGGGCUACUUUGUUACAGCCACAUAAAUUACUUGUGUUAUUCGUUAGAUGCAAGUUUUCAUCUUGUUGCAAACUGUUUUAGAGCUGUUUUUUUUUUUUUUUUUAAAUACAUAAAUUUCUUAAUUGUGACUGUGGCAAUUCCUUUUGUAAAUUGUCAGCUGUGGGGGUUUGUAUUUAAAUAUGGAAGCUCUUCCGCAGUACAGGAUGUCUUGUGCAUAUGCUUUUACAUAAGUAAAGAAGCAAUAAAGCUGCUUUUUUACACAA